AUGAAGCCAGCUGCUUCCCUGUGCUUCUCUCUGCCAGCUUUCCUUCUCCUCCUGCUCAGUCUGUUUGCACUGGCCUCAGCCCAGUUUACUGUUGUGGGGCCAGCUGAUCCCAUCCUGGCCAUGGUGGGAGAAAACAUCACAUUACACUGCCAUCUGUCACCUGAGAAAAAUGCUGAGGACAUGGAGGUGCGAUGGUUCCGGUCUCAGUUCUCCCCUGCAGUGUUCGUGUAUAAGGGUGGGAGAGAGAGAACAGAGGAGCAGAUGGAGGAGUACCGAGAAAGAACCACCUUUGUGAGCAAAGACAUCAGCAGGGGCAGCGUGGCCCUGGUCAUUCACAACAUCACAGCCCAGGAGAAUGGCAUCUACCGCUGUUACUUCCAAGAAGGCAGGUCCUAUGAUGAGGCCAUCACACGCCUCAUGGUGGCAGGCCUGGGCUCUAAUCCCCUCAUUGAAAUGAAGGGCCAUGAGGAUGGGGGCAUUCGACUGGAAUGCACAUCUGGAGGGUGGUACCCAGAGCCCCUCGCGAUAUGGAAAGACCCCUAUGGUGAGGUCGUGCCAUCCCUGGAGGAGACUUACACUGCUGAUGCAGAUGGCCUCUUUCUGGUCACUGUGGCUGUGAUCAUCAGGGAUGACUCUGUGAGAAAUAUGUCCUGCUCUGUCAACAACACCCUCCUGGGCCAGGAGAAGGAAACUGUGAUUUUCAUUCCAGAAUCCUUUACACCAAGCACAUCUCCCUGGAUGGUGGCACUGGCUGUCAUUCUGGCCAUAUAUCCCUGGUUGGUGGCCUUGGCUGUCUUUUUGGCUAUUCUGACCAUCUUGAUGUCUGUGAGCUUCUACUGGAUCAAGAAACUCCAAAGGGAAAAACGGAUUCUCUCAGGGGAAAAGGAAUUUGAACAGGAAGAGAAAAAAAUUGCACAGCAACUUCAAGAAGAAUUGCAAUGGAGAAGGACACUCUUACAUGCUGGUGAGUGCCUCUGACUAUGUGAACUUUCUUCCCACUAGCCAGCCAAAAGGACUCUUAAGAGGCGAUGAGUAAGAGGCCCAAGGCUGGGCAAGAACAUCGGGGGCUGGGAUUCAUUACCAAUGUCCCGCCAAUGAUGCACUGUAACACAGAAGUGUC